AUGUUAUCUUUUGGUAGAAAUUGCUUGAAAUAUUGUAGCCACUUUAAAAGAAAUAGCUCAAAUGAGAAUCUACUUUUGCAGAAAUUUCCUGAACUAUUUGUUCUCAAUGAUUCAAUUGGGAAAUAUAGUUAUACUCAAUUUCCUGUUUUGUUUCCACUUAUAAGCUUUAAUUUUCAUCAUUAUUCAACUAGAGUUCCUUCAAGGUCUUAUAGAAGAAGAGUUCGAAAUCGGUUUUUGAAAUCCAGUAAGCCGAUUUUAGACCAAGCACAAUUUCAGUUUGCACAGUCCCAGCUUCUCCCAAGGUUCACUCCUGAAGAGCUAUGCUAUGUUAUUUCUCUUCAACGCGAUCCUUUAGUUUGUUUAGAGCUUUUUCAUUGGGCGUCUCACCAGCCUAGGUUUCGGCAUGAUUUGUCGACAUUUCAUGUCACCAUUAAGAAGCUAGGUGAUGCGAAAAUGUAUCAAGAAAUGGAUGAUAUUGUGAACCAGUUGCUUGCGGUUCCUUCUAUUGGGUCUGAGGCGGUGUUUAAUAUGGUCAUAUAUUAUUUCACUGAGGCGCGGAAGUUGACGAAAGCUGUUAAUGUGUUUAAGCACAUGAAGAGUAGUAGAAAUCCAAAUUUUGGUCUUAGGCCUUCGAUUAAAACGUAUAAUAUUCUUUUUGGUGCACUUUUGAGCAGAGGACACAAUGCUUAUAUAAAUCUUGUGUAUAUGGAGACUAUGAGAUGUUUGUUCAGGCAAAUGGUGAACGACAUGAUCGAACCUGAUAUUUUUUCGUUGAAUUCUAUGAUAAAAGGUUAUGUGCUUUCUCUUCAUAUUAACGAUGCGUUGAGGAUAUUUCAUCAGAUGGGUGUUGUUUAUGAUUGCGAACCCAAUUCUUUAACUUACGAUUACUUGAUUCAUGGGUUGUGUGCCAAAGGAAGAACAGAGAAUGCCAAAGAGUUGUAUCAUGAAAUGAAGACCAAAGGUUUUACCCCGAAUAGUAAAUCUUAUAAUUCGCUUGUCAAUUCUUUGGCACUUGUCGGAGAGAUUAAGGAUGCAGUAAAUUAUCUAUGGGAGAUGAUUGAAAAGCAAAGAUCAGUUGAUUUUAUUACAUACAGGACUGUACUGGAUGAGAUAUGUAGAGGAGGAAAAGUUCAAGAGGCCAUGAGGUUUCUGCAAGACUUGCAAGAAAAGGACCUUGUAGAUGGACAUACUUACAGGAAGCUUCUUUAUGUACUUGAAGAUGAUUAUGGGAAUUCAAAAGUCAGAAUUGAUUCAGGUCCAGCUUUAAUUUCACCUGGAAAUUCUUGGUAA